UUCUCCACUAAUCAUUUUAAAUUUAGAAAUAAUUAAAGAAUUCUAAACUCAACCACACAUAAAUAAAUAUGCAUUAUACUACGAGAUUCUCUCCAAAAAAACAAAAAAACAAAACUAGAUAUUACGGCGGUAGCUUCUCCACUAAUGCUUUUAAGUUUAGAAGUAGUUAAAAAAUUCUAAACUCAACCAUACAUAAAUAAAUAUGCAUUAUACAAGCAAUUCAAUUCAAUGGCUGAAAUUAGAAAUUCUUAUAGAACAGUCAUUGAACUUGACAAAACGACACCACGACACCGUUUAAGAGCACUUCAUGCCUCCACUAUUCCGUAUUUUGAAUCUAAUGACUAAGAUUAGAAAUUCUUAUGGAGCAUUUUGCAGAUAUUAUUGAUACGUUUUCCUUUUUCUUCUUUUUUGGUCAUUGAUCUUGACAAACCGACACCGUUUAAGCGCCCUUCAUGCCUCCACUAUUACGUAUCUUGAAACGGCGACGCACAACCACAAUUCCAUACAAAAACCCAAUGGUGGCGUCACUCAUGGGACACAACUGCUAUCAGCUUAUCAUCUCAUCGUCUUCUAAAACAUGCUCCUACGUGGCACAAUCUCCGCUCCCCUCUCUUGUCUCCGCCUCAGAAGCACCACCACCUCCACUCCCCCUUUAAACGUCCCCGUUUCGCGGCGCACUUCAACCACCACCAACAACUACUCAAUCUCCGACCAAGACCUGGACUCCCGAGGCUUCCUCCUCCACCGCACGAUCGCGGAGCUCAACCUGGACCACCUCAACAAGGUCUUCGUAGCGGUCGGGUUUCCGAAGCGGGACCCGGAUAAGAUCCGAACGGCGCUGGAGCACACUGACGCGCUGCUGUGGAUGGAGUACAGGAAGACGAAGAGGCCUGUGGCGUUCGCUAGGGCCACAGGGGACGGCGUCUUCAACGCGAUCAUAUGGGACGUGGUGGUGGACCCCUCGUUUCAGGGGCUGGGGCUGGGGAAGGCGGUGAUGGAGAGGUUGGUGGAGGAACUGGUGGCGAAAGGGAUUUGUAAUAUUGCUUUGUAUUCGGAGCCCCGGGUUCUCGGGUUUUACAGGCCCUUGGGCUUUGUGGCGGAUCCGGAUGGGAUCCGGGGAAUGGUGUACUCCAGAAAACCCAAAAGGAAGACAUAAAUAUUCACUGUUUGUUUUGGUUGAUAAAUAUUUCAUUUGAUAGGUUAAUUGUAAGAUUUCUUUUGUUUGGUAAAUAUUAAUGGUAAAGAUAAGCAGCAAAGCACAGGCCAUUACAGAAAUUCUGUGCUUUUUUUUCUGGAUUGUUGUAUCUCUUCUUCCUCCUGAAGAAGACAGCCUUGUGUAGUUUUUGAAUUUUUGUAAACAGGCAAUUUGGCUCAUGAUUCUACUGAUGGAGUUUCUGA